AUGAGUGAUGCAGGCGACACUGGCCCACGGGCUACGGCCUGCCAGGAGACAGUUGAACGCAUGCUGGAUGGACUUGCAGUCUUAGGGCGAGCUUUCCGUUCCACCUUUCAAGGGGUUUCUGGUUGCGUCCGCCGCGUCUCUUACCCUCUAAAAGAAUUCCUUGUCAUCAAAUAUGACGAAUGCGCCGGCAGAUGGACCACACACGGCACCCGGACGCAGCGGAUGGCAGAAAACGUCGCGUGUUUCGAUGCAGUGGAAGUCAGCGACAAAGACACGUCCGAAAGCAGUGAAACAUCGAGUGACUCUUAA